AUGGCAGCAACUAAGGUACGGCUUGUUUCCCUUCUAGCUCUCGCCGCCCUUACGGCCACCUCCCAAGCCGGCAAAAUUGCCAUUUACUGGGGCCAAAACGGCAACGAAGGUAGCCUGGCCGACACCUGCGGUUCUGGUGACUACGCCUUCGUUAUUCUGGCCUUCCUCUGCUCUUUCGGCAAUGGGCAGAAACCUCAGCUGAAUCUCGCCGGCCACUGCGAUCCCUACUCGAAUGGCUGCACUGGACUUAGCAGCGAUAUCAAGUCGUGCCAGAAGCAAGGAAUCAAGGUUCUGCUAUCCAUUGGUGGCGGUGCUGGCUCUUAUAUCCUCACCUCGAAGGAUGACGCUCGACAGGUCUCUACCUACAUCUGGAACAACUACCUCGGCGGCCAAUCUUCCUCCAGGCCGCUCGGCGACGCAGUGCUCGAUGGCGUCGACUUCGACAUAGAAGGCGGAAGCCCCGACCACUAUGACGACUUGGCCAAAUACCUCUCCGCUUAUAGCAAUCAGGGAAAGAAAGUAUACCUCUCGGCGGCGCCACAGUGCCCUUACCCCGACGCUUGGGUUGGCAAAGCUCUUGACACCGGGCUCUUCGACUACAUCUGGGUUCAGUUCUACAAUAACCCGCCGUGCCAAUACUCGGGAGGGAAGCCCACGAAUCUUGAGGAUGCUUGGAAUCAGUGGACUGAUGGAAUUAAGGCUACUGAGUUCUUUCUUGGCUUGCCAGCAGCGCCUGAUGCGGCUGGUAGCGGUUUCAUACCGACUGGUGACUUGACUUCUGUGGUGCUUCCAGCGAUUAAGGGGUCUAGCAAAUAUGGAGGGGUGAUGCUUUGGUCUAGAUAUUAUGAUAAUGAAACUGGGUACAGCAAGACUAUACUAUCGUCUGUUUGA